UCGCUCAUGCACUAAGCUCUCCUAGACCUUUCCCAGUGCAGCACUUCCGCCCACACUUCUCUCCUCCCAGAGUGCAGCGCGGCGCCCAGUCAGCUGAUCGAGCAAUACAGAUGAAGCUGGUUGGUGAUAGCAGGCUGAUAGGCUGGUUACCAUGCAGAUGCAUUUCGCUUUCUCGAAUGAAGUGACUUUGUUGUUUGAUAUCUGGACAGUCCGGACUCUAGCAGGUCUCGUGCUUUCAUGUGUGGUCGUUCUGCUGCUCACUGUCGUCUAUGAGAUCUCCAAGGUGUUGAAGUCCAAUCUUCUAUCCCGGGUCCUGCUGACUCUGCCACUAACCCCCGAUUCCUCUCUGUCACCGUCGCUGAUUUCUGAUAGUGAAGCCAAUGUUUCUGCAAACUCUGACCCGCUGCUGACACACAGACCCUUGUCUCCUGGGGAGAAUGCCGAGCUUCUGGGAACCUUUCCUGUCCGAUACUCUUCCUCUAACUGUCGAUGGUGGUUCCUGCACUCCUCAUUGGCUCUGCUGCACACGUCGCAGGUUUUCCUUGGAUAUGGUCUGAUGUUGUGUGUCAUGUCCUACAAUUCUGCCAUUUUCUUGUCGGUUAUCGUUGGGUCUGGCCUUGGAUAUUACUUGGCCUUCCCUCUUCUUGCUAAAUUCCCAAAGGCGCACAGUCUGUAGAAUCCUGCUGCUGGGAGGAGUACAGAUAAUUGGUCCGUCUUCCAGAUAUUACUUGCACUAAUUACUACGAGCUUUUUACAUGAUGUCUCGGGUAUAAUAACUGGCCCUCGCAUCUCUGAACUAAACCCUCUACCUAUGGUUACACUCCUAUACAUCCUGAUUAGAAGGACCCCUAUUCAUUAGCCUAAUCGGCAGUUUGGGUAUAGAGUUUGGUUGCACAGCUGUAGGGUCCAGGGACACAUAAGAUAGGUGGCCUUUAUUUUUUUUUAACCUGUUUUUAGUACAUUAUGGUGUACCCCCCACCUCUUAAUCUGCCCACACUGCAGCAGAAAUAUAAAAAAUGUUAUUUAAUUAAAUUUUAGCUGUCCAGCUAUUAGGUGGUCUUGAACAUGCUAUCCUGUGUGAUCUCUGUACAUCUGGGAUAUGCAAUUAGCGGACCUCCAGCUGUUGCAAAACUACAAGUUCCAUCAUGCCU